UUCCAGGAGCUACAAGUGGUGAGGAGAAAUCUAAACUUAUUCAGAACACAAAUGAUGGAUUUAGAACUGACUAUGUUGCGACAACAAACCACGGUAUAUCAGCACAUGACAGAAGAGGAAAGAUAUGAAGCUGAUCAGCUGCAGAGCCUGAGAAAGUCUGUCCGCAUGGAGCUGCAGGAGUUAGAGAUGCAGUUAGAAGAACGUCUACUUGCUUUGGAAGACCAGCUGAGAAGUCUGCACAUGUCUUCACCUUACAGACCUCAGACACACAUAGGUAUGUAUGGAAGCAGAAGUGCUGAUAAUCUGUCAUGUCCUUCUCCAUUGAAUGUCAUUGAACCAGUCUCUGAACUUAUUCGAGAGCAGUCAUUUCUGAAGUCUGAACUGGGUUUAGGACUGGGAGAUCUUGGACUGGAAACUCUCCCAGCAGAGGGUACAGAGUCUGUAUUCUCCCAUGGAAACUCAGAUUCCUCUUCAGUGUGCUCCGGUCACGCAGGUCGAAAAGCUGGUGUUGGAUUCUCUGAACUAACAGGAAAGUGUAAGAGUCAUAGCAGGAAGUUAUAUCGAGCCUCUGUUGCCUUAACACCAACUGCCCCAGUGAGAGCAGGCACUGGACAACAGGUGGAAAGCUCCGAGGAGCUUGCAGACUCCAAGUCAGAGGUGGAGCACAAACUUGAAAGAGUCCCUCUCAUGCCUUCAGCUGAUGAAAUCCAUAAAACUGUGGAGCAGGAGGAGCUGCAACAAGUCAUACGGGAGAUCAAGGAAUCUAUUGUUGGUGAAAUAAGACGAGAAAUAGUAAGUGGAUUGUUAGCAGCUGUAUCGCCCCAAAACAGAUCUGCAGCUGCAAAACAAGAUACACAGCCAUGAAACUGGUACUGCAGGUUGGAUGUGGUUCGAAAUGCUGUGGGAUUCUGCUUUGGGCAGCACACACUGGUGGAAGUGUCAAGUUGGUUUUGCUUCAGAAAGUGUUAAAGCUGCUGAGAUAGGCUACUGUAUUCGAAGCUUGGUUCUAUGAUGUGUACCUUUCCUUGAGUUCCUCUGUAAAGACUUAGACACUUUAACUAGUUCAUUACUUUCCUUAGAGCAUCAA